AUGUUUACAGGCCCUACAAGGGUUCCUUUGCUUGGAAACUAUCUUGAAAUUCGAAAGCUCAGGAAUGAAUUAGGAUUCUACCAUUUGGUUUGGGACCAUUUGGCUAAAUGUUACGGUCAAGUGUUUUCUGUUAAACUUGGUCGAAUAGAAGCAGUGGUUGUUUCUGGAUAUGAUGCAGUACGUCAAGUAUUGUGCAAAGACGACUUUGAUGGCCGACCCGAUGGAUUUUUUUUCAGAUUCCGAGCUUUUUAUAAAAGAUUAGGCAUAGUAUUUGUGGAUGGACCAACGUGGACAGAACAAAGAAAAUUUUGCAUGCAACAUUUACGAAAAAUGGGAUUUGGUGGUGAUUUAAUGGAAAGAAUUAUAAUCGAAGAAGUUAACGAUCUUAUGUUAGACAUAUCGAGAAAAUGUGAGAAUGGUAAACCAAUUGAAGUGUAUGGUUUAUUCGACGUAUCAGUUUUGAACGGUCUUUGGGCAAUGUUAGCCGGUCAUAGAUUUGCGUUGAAUGACUCUAGACUUGCAAGACUUAUGGAAUUAGUACACGUUAGUUUCAGAAUGUUAGAUAUGUCAGGAGGAAUAUUAAACCAGAUGCCAUUCAUUCGGUUUUUAGCGCCUAAAUGUUCUGGAUACAAAUACCUCAAACAGAUAAUAAAUGAGUUCUAUACAUUCUUAAAAGAAUCAGUUGAAGAACACAAAUGCAGACCAAAUGAUCAGGAAGAUGAUUUUAUAAGUGCAUUUUUAAAGGAAAUUGAAAAAAAUAAAGAAUCUCCGGGGUCUUUUUCGGAAGAACAGCUUCUUGUUAUUUUAUUGGAUUUAUUCUUAGCUGGCUCAGAAACUACAAGCAGUAUGUUAUCAUUCGUUAUUUUACUUCUCCUUAAACAUCAAGAUAUACAAGCCAAAGUACAUGCAGAAUUAGAUGCAGUAGUUGGAGACCGAGAAAUUCAUCUUGCAGAUAAAAACAGGUUGAAUUAUCUUGAAGCCGUAUUAAUGGAGGUUCAGAGACAUAGUAACGUGGCUCCGUUAGCAAUCGCUCAUAGAACUAUUAGAAAAACCAGCCUACAAGAAUACACAAUACCAAAAGAUACAUUAGUAUUGGCGAGUAUAUGGAGUGUUCAUAUGGAUGAACAGCAUUGGGGCGAUCCUGAGGUAUUUCGACCGGAAAGAUUUUUGGACAGUACAGGAAAAAUUAUAAAUGACAGUUGGUUUAUGCCGUUUGGCGUCGGUAGACGAAGGUGUUUAGGCGAGAUAUUGGCUAAGACCAAUAUAUUUAUGUUCAUCGCCAAAUUAAUACAACAUUUUGAAAUACGAAUACCCCAAGGAGCCCAAUUGCCAGAUAAGCCUCAAGAUGGUGUCACUAUUUCUCCAUCUCCAUUUUCUGCUAUUUUUACACCUAGACGUUGUUUAAGUCAAUAA